AUGAAGUCAUCUCCUUCUUCUCCCUCUUCUCUUCACAGAAAAGCUCCUUUUCUAUCAACUUUAUUAGCUUUAAUCAUCUUUUUUAUCAUCAUUAUUCUUUAUAGUGAAGUCUUUUCUUUCAUUUUUACCCAAUCUCAUCCCAAACUUUCCGGCUCUAAUUACAAUUCCAUCUCAAGAAUAAUCAAGAGGAAGAAGGAGAAGUUGGCAUUUGCAAUUGGAGAGAGAGAAGAAGGCUGCGACGUUUUCAGCGGAAGUUGGGUUUGGGACAGCAAGAGCCGGCCGUUAUACACAGAGGAUUGUCCUUAUAUACAACCACAGUUAACAUGCCAACAACAUGGCCGCCCAGAUAACGAUUAUCUAUAUUGGAGAUGGCAACCUCAUUCUUGCUCUAUUCCAAGUUUCAAUGCGACACUAAUGCUGGAAAGCCUUAGAGGAAAGAGGAUGUUAUUCGUUGGUGAUUCCUUAAACAGAGGACAAUUUGUUUCCAUGGUUUGCCUUCUUCAUCAACACCUUCCUGAGAAUGCCAAAUCCAUGGAAACUUUUGGUUCCCUCACUGUUUUCACUGCUAAGGAUUACAAUGCACGAAUCGAAUAUUACUGGGCACCAUUUCUGCUGGAAUCAAAUGCUGAUGAUGCAAUCGUACAUAGAAUUACAGAUAGAGUUGUUCGGAAAGGUUCAAUAAAUAAGCACGGAAAAAAGUGGAGAGGAGCUGACAUAAUUGUGUUCAACACUUACUUAUGGUGGAUGACUGGCAUGCCGUUCAAGAUUUUGCAAAAAGGGUCUUUCAAGGAUGAAGUGAAAGACAUAGUUGAAGUGUCUACAGAAGACGCGUAUCGCAUGACAAUGAAGAGUAUGGUGAGAUGGUUGAAGAAAAAUAUGGAUUCAAAUAAAAGCAGAGUAUUUUUCACCAGCAUGUCACCUUCUCAUUACAAAAGCAUGGAUUGGGGAGGGGAAGCAGACAGAAAUUGUUAUAAUGAAACAAAGAUGAUAGAAGAUUCAAGUUACUGGGGAUCAGAUUGUAGCAAAAACGUAAUGCAAGUGAUAAGAGAAGUGUUUAGUAAAUCAGAUGUGGCCAUAACGUUUCUCAACAUAACACAACUAUCAAGUUAUAGGAAAGAUGCACACACAUCAAUUUACAAGAAGCAAUGGAAUCCAUUAACACCAGAGCAACUAGCAAACCCUGUUAGCUAUGCUGAUUGUACACAUUGGUGUUUGCCUGGCCUUCAAGAUACAUGGAAUGAACUUUUAUUCGCGAAACUUUUUUAUCCAUGACAUUUGAAAAUGUAUCGAAAACCUUUAACGUAACAUGAUUGUGGAG